AUGGAACCAGCUGAAGAUCACGAAAACGGUUGGAGAGGCAGCAACAAACGAGAAACGGAAGACUACCGUGGAACUUCCAACCCAUUCUUCGGUGCUCCUGACGAUGUGAGUGUUUCUACUGGGAACUGCCACAACGAGCACAAGGAAGCAGGGCAGACGAAGGUGUAUGGUUUACUUUCUGCUCAACUGGUCAUCACCUUCGGCAUUGUCGCCAUCUUCAUCUGGGUGCCGGAGGUAAAAACAUUUGCCAAGACGAACACAGCAGUGUUUUGGUCUGCCUUCGGCCUCAUGUUUGCCUGGCUCCUCAUCCUUCUUUGCUGUGGUGACCUGAAGAGGAAGACUCCUUACAGCUACAUCGCUUUGGUCAGCUUCACCAUCUGCCAGGUUCUGCUGGGUUGUAUCGCUGCAUACUACGAGGCCACGGAGGUGGCAGCAGCCAUUGGUAUCACUAUUGCAGUGACUUUGGCGCUCACCAUAUUUGCCUUCCAGACCAAAUGGGACUUCACUGUAUUAGCCGGGCAUCUGUUAGUGCUGUUUGUCUGUCUCCUCACGUUUUCCAUUUUUGCGGUAAUCUUCAGGAGCAGGGUGCUGAGACUGCUAUAUGCUUCCCUGGGAGCUCUAUUUUUCUCACUGUAUUUAGUAAUCGACACUCAGCUCAUCCUAAGAGGCAGACACAUGCUGGCCUUCACAUCUGGAGAAUACGUGUUUGCCACACUCAAUUUAUACCUGGACGUAGUUAACCUCUUCAUGUUUAUUCUCAUAUUUUUUUCAGGCAGCACAGAUUAA